AUGAUUGCUGAGCUGCUGGCCAUGCUAGCAGGUCACCCCUCCAGCCUAUUCGCUUCUUCAUCUACGCCUUCUCCGACAUUCAAGAUCAGAGAUGACCUCAACUUCCUGCAUCCAUCCGAGAUCGAGAUUCUCAAUCACCUCGCCACAUACUAUACCCGCUACAACCGCAUCAAGUCGUUCGCUGAGGUGCAGAUCGAAGCUGCUCGUCAACGUGCAGUCCGUGCAGCGCUUCGUGCCAACUCCCUUGCUAGCCACAGCUCUACUAGUGCCAAGGAUGCACAGGCCGAGCUCGAACAACAGCCGACGCUUCACCUUGUACCUCUUUGCUCGACUCUGCUCUUGAUUCUGGCCGACUACCAUGCUUUGGUUCUGCACACCGAGAGGCUGGUGCUCGACAAUGAUGUGGAGCUUGUCGCGAGGACAGGGUUUGUCAGUUUAGCCAACCUGAGGGCGCGCUUCGAGCCAUGGGAUGCGCCACUGACGGCCCUCGACGAUCUAGUGACACUGUUGCUGCGAGGGCCCAGUACGGGAAGAGAUGUCGCAUUUGCAACUGAGCCAGAAUCCGCAGGCGCUCGACAGGAGGGCCAACGGGACGGGGUUGCUGCAACGUUUCCCGCAGCGUGGACCGGAGGAUUGCUCAUCGACCUGCUCAGCUUAAAGGCAUCCACUGGCGUCGAACGCGUCGCUGCGCACAUGACUCGUCUGCGCAGCGCCGUCGAGGACAGCUGGAUGCAGCACCUCGCAGCCUGGGUCUGUCGAGGCGAGAUCCACCGCCCUGGUGGCAUUGCCGAUCCCCAUGCUUCUAAACGCAGUUUAGUUUCACGGGACCAGCUCGUCCACUGGAUCGACGCAACCGAUGCAGAUGCCCACAACGACCACCUUGCCGCCGUCGCUGCAAGCGGAGACGGUCUCGCAGACUGGGCUGCCUCCUCUGGUAACACCUGGGCUUUCCGACCAGAUGCGCUUCCUGCCUCCAUCUCCGACACCACCGCCGACUCGAUCCUGUACGUUGGCCGAGCGCUUUACACCAUCCGCUAUGCCAGCGCCUCCUCUGCGCAGCUCGAGCACACGCCAAGCCGCCACACGCGACUCUCCGGCCCUCCGGACACCGUCAUUCAGCUGCACGAAUCGGCGCUCGCUCAGCCAGGCGUACGCCCUAGUCGGCCCUCGGACCUGGAUCGUGCCAUCCAUUCGCUCAGAAAUGACGUCUCAGAGUGGAUCUUUCGCCAUAUUCUUACGACUUCGGUUGUGCAUUCUUCUCUGCAGUGCUUGGGCGACUACUUUUUGCACCGCAACGGGCCAUACAUGCUUUCGCUGCUCGACGAGGUGGAGACUAUGAGGAAGAACAAGCUGUACCGUGCGAGGUCGGCUGCUGCUAGCGUGAUUCGGUCGAGCGAUCUGGAGCUGUCUCUGCGAAGGGCGACGGUGGGGACGUGGGCGGAGGACGAUCCGUCGUUGCAGAGGUUGCGCUUUGUUUUGCCGAAAGGUGGGUAUCGGCCGAGCCUUGCCGGUGCACGUACAGCCAAAGUUAGAGGGACGGCGGCUAUCAACACGAAUGCGGAUACGGCGGGGAGCGGUGCGGCUAUAACCAGUCUGCAAACCACUCGCUUCGACGACUUCUUGAUCGGCGUCCCUGCACAGCUGCACUAUACGGCCGUCUUCCCGCUUGACCUCUUCCUCUCUGCGUCGGACCUCGCCGCCUACUCGCGCAUCUUUUCGUACCUCAUCGCCAUCAAGAAGGUCCACGCGAGGGUGCUGGACUGUUGGAUCGCCCUCAGCAAGAACCAGCGGGGUCGCCGCAAGUUUACGGGCACCGGCGAAGGAGGCGUCGACGCCAGAGAGGAGAAGCAACGUGCGCGGCUGCUGCGAUGCAGCUGGGGACUUGUGAGGAAGAUGAAGUGGUUUUUGGACACGCUCCUGGGCCAUUUCCAGACGGAUAUCAUUGAUGCGCAGUUUGGCGCUUUGACAGAAAGGCUUGGAGGGGCGAGUGCGGGCGUGCAUGAACCGCUAAGAGGGGGAGGAGCAGGAGGGAGGACGCGGAAGGAUUCGGAGCAUCAGCCGCAGCAGCAGUCGCAGCACAGAGCAAGUUCGCCAGUCGGAUCCGUCGUCGCGCACAGCGAGGCUUACGGAGACGAAGGAAGACCAAGAGUCAUCAGCGGCUCUUUGUCGCGCGCUACGACCGUAGUCGGAGGGGCAGGCAGUGGUCGAACGAAUCGAAGACUGGCAUUCCCGGUCUCCGGUCCCGCUUCGUCGACUUUUGCUCCGGCAGCCGGGGUACGAGCGGGGCGCAGGUUUGUCUCGACGUCGACCCGGCCCGACUCUGUCCUCGAUGGCGCAGACACGAUCCGCAACGACGGUACUGAAGCUCUGGCCGCUGAAGACGUGGAAACGGAUGCAGUGUUGGAUUUCGCAUCGUUGCGGGCAUCGCACUCGGCGUUUCUCGCGUUUGUGCAAGAUGGCCUGCUGCUCUCUUCCCCGCUUGCGUCGAGUAUGGUGAGAUCCGUGCUGGACAUAUGCGAUCGCUUUGCCGGUACGGUGGAGCGGUGGGGAGGCGAUGUGCUGCCGCCGCUGCUGACCACCUCCUCGGUGAACGCGGACCACAGUUCGGCGAUCGACGAGCGUCAGACUCUAGUGGACAGUACUGCAGCCGAGAUCGAGCGAGAGCUAUCAAGCUUUUUCAAGCUCCUCUCGACGUCCACGUCGAGCACGGGAUCGUACCAGGCGAAUGCGUCUGCGACGGGCGGCGGAGGGGCAGCAGCGGACGAGAGCGGGCUCGGAUCACUCUCGAUGUCGGUUGUGCAGCUCCACAUGUCGAGGGGCGAGGGCAAGGGGGAGCUAUUGACAGGCGCUACUUCGGCACGCAAGCACUUGGAACAGCUGCUGUUGAGAUUGGAUUACAGCGGAUACUUUGCGGAGCAAGCGCAGCGGCAGAGGGUUGGGUUGGAGGCGAGGUUGGAUAGCGCCCUUCGCCAAUGA